AUGGCUGUUAGUACCCUCAACAUGACACCGUACUUCACUGGAUAUCCUUUUCAAGGACAAGGACGAGUCAAUCAAUUGGGCGGCGUGUUCAUCAACGGUCGUCCUUUGCCGAACCACAUACGGCUCAAGAUUGUCGAAAUGGCAGCUGCCGGUGUAAGACCCUGCGUUAUUUCGCGACAACUACGCGUGUCUCACGGCUGUGUCUCGAAGAUACUCAACAGAUACCAAGAAACAGGAUCCAUUAAACCCGGUGUAAUUGGUGGCAGUAAACCGCGCGUCGCUACUCCAGAAGUCGAGGCUAAGAUCGAAAAUCUCAAGCGAGAGAAGCCCGGAAUUUUCACCUGGGAAAUUCGGGAUCACUUAAUAAAGCAGGAAGGAGUCUGUGACAAAACGUCGGUGCCGUCAGUAUCAAGCAUCUCAAGGCUCUUACGUGGACCAACAAGCCAAACACGUCCCGGUGAUGAUCCAAGACGCAAUCAUUCUAUUGAUGGAAUUCUCGGUGGUAGCAGCGGCGAUGACUCCGACAUAGAGAGCGAGCCGGGAAUAGCGCUAAAGAGGAAGCAGAGACGCAGCAGAACAACAUUCACCGGAGAACAGUUGGAACAGCUUGAAGCUGCCUUCCACAGGACUCAGUACCCCGACGUUUACACCAGAGAAGAAUUGGCUCAAAAAACUAAAUUGACAGAAGCACGAGUCCAAGUGUGGUUUAGCAAUCGGCGAGCGCGUUUACGUAAACAGCUGAACAGCCAACAGUUGAAUGCCUUCAACACGAUGAGUCUUCAAUCCUUCCAAACUCAGCACGGGUAUCCAAGUGGUGCCGACAGCUACCAAAGCUACGGUCAGGCCUCAGUAGCUGCGGCUGCAGCAACCACAGCGGGGUAUCCUCAACACUACAAUUACGGUGAAAACUACUACGGCGCUGCACAGCAACAGUGGCCUCGAGCGACACCCGAAAACUACGGCCUUUUUAAUAGUUCACAUUAUGGAAGUACAAACCUGACAUCAAAUUUAUCACCGAGCAAUCUAAAUCUCGGAGGUCUGGGUGGCAAUGUCAGUCCGACAGGUUCUAAUAUGAGCGCUUGUAUGGUCCAAGGGACAACAACUACUGUAUCAAACGGAAUGGGGCAUCAUCAUCAUCACGUGACACCUCACAGCCCGAGUGAAGCCAAAAGCGGUUACCCGUACCUGGGCGCUAUUGAUUCACAAGUCUGCGGGCGCAUUCACUGA